AUGCUGAUUUUUGUUCUUUUUGUAAAUUGCAAUUGCAUUUCAUGUUGUUUCUAUUUAACAAGCGAAAAUCUUUGCCGAGAAGGUUAUGCAAAGGUUCAGAUUCACAAAUUUGAUAAAUGGGAUAAUUUCACAAGAGAUAUUGCAGAAGCUGAAAAUGUUAAUUUCGAUUUUGCCGAUUCGUUUGACAAGGAUCAUCCAUUUUUUGAGUCGCUUAGACUUAAAUUCGGUUGCACUUUUGCUAUCACGGGAUUAAAUAAUCACACAAAAAUAAAAUUCGAUGCAUUAUCAUCAUUCUUCUUUGCGUAUGAUAUCUCAUUAACAAAUAUUAUAAUCAUUAUGAAUAAACCCGAACUCUCAGCAAAUGUAAUCCGUUUAACAAAAACAAAAUUUAUACCAGAAACAGGGAUCUCCAUUUCAGUUGAGACACUUUCAUCUGAUUCCGAAUCAUUGACAUCAAUAGCGAUACUUCAAGCUACAAAUUUUGAAAUAUUUUAUAAAUCAAUGUUAAAUAAUAAUAAAAUCAAGAUUGAACCUAGUUCAAAAUCAUCAUUUGUUGAUAUUCACAUAAUGGAUGUUACUGGUGAUAUAAGUUUUGGUACUCAAUUUCAAGGUUUUUUAAUUACCUUCGAAAAUGGAAAGGAAUUACAAUUAAAUGCUUUCCAAUGCCACGUGAACAUGAAAUUUGACAUGAUUACACCAAAUGCUACCCUUAAAUUAUGGCAAUAUUUUAUUUCUCAAGCAUUUUUUGACUCAUAUGUCAGUUUCUUUUUAAAUGAACCAACAAACAUAAUUGCUGAUUAUUUCCCUUCAAAUACUUUCGAUAGAAACGCAACAAACACACAGCAUGUCCAAUAUUAUGUAUAUGCAUACAAUGAUAUUAAUUUUGUUUCCAAGUCUAUUGCAAGUUUAAUCGUCUUUGACUUGACCGAUUCAAAUGCAAACUUGACUUUUCUUCAUGGAGGUUUCUUGCAAAAAUUGAUAUCUGUAAAUUCAAAUAUUAUAAUCAACGAUGCUAGUUCUAGUAAUCACAUUUUAAUUGUUGUUUCAGAGAUGAUAAAUUCAACAUUAAAUUCAAGCCAGAAUUUAAUUGAUUUCGUUGAAAAAUGCAAAUUUACUAAUUCAAAAUUUCACGGUAGCUACAAAUUCAGAAAGAGUAUACAAUUUUCUGGAAGCAAUUUUUAUAUAGAAAAUGCCAUACUUAAUAAAAGCGAGCCAAUUAUUUUUGUAGAUUCCACAUCAAACAAAACAUUGCAAAUAGAUAAUUUCGUCGGUGGGGCAGAGAAUCUUAAUUUUGCAAUUCAAUCAAGCUCAGAUUAUUAUUCAAAUAUUAUUUGCAGCAAACAAAAGGAUUUCAUUAAAUACAAGACUAUUAAUUUCACAGAUUCAGACUCAAUUAAAGUUUAUGAUAUUAUAUACCAUGAAGCAGAUCAAGAAGGAAAUUACUGCAUUGAUUUGAAUAGAACAGAUAAAAAUAAAUAUAAGGAGAAUCUGAAAAUAUGCAUUCCGACAAACAAAGAUAGCUGUCCAGAAGGUUACCAAAGAAAACCAAAGUUUGCAGACUCAUUUGCUAAUAUAUCAUCAACAGUUAAUAUUAUUAUUUUAACAAAUAAAACAGACACUCUUGAUCUUUCAGCAUGCCAUAAAGACGUAUCAAUUAAAUGGUUAUAUUCCAAUAUAAGUCAACUUAACCUAACUAUUAUUGGAACAUAUUUCCAAACACUGACUCUUAUUGGAAUCAAUACUCACUUUAAUAAUGAAAUUUACUGUGAAACAGUAAUCCUGCAGAACUCUAAUAUUACUUCUGAUUAUAUCUUAAACACUAAAGAUCUUCAUUUCGAUCAAUUGUCUUCAUUCACGAACAGCAACUAUUCUACGAACAAUUUUACAUUGCUCAAUUAUAACCCAAAGGAAAUUCGAUUUUAUGAUGAUUUCAUACAAAUUGAUCAUAUGCGUUUUCGAAACGAUCAUAUAAUAUUACAAUCGAUAAUGAUUUACAAUGGAACACAGAAAUUAAUCUUAGUUCCCAAUCUCCAGGAAAAUUGUAUCUUAAAAACACAAAUCCUCGAUCGAUUUUAA